UCGGGUCAGCGGGUCAGCGCGUCUGACUGGCUGCGGGGCGGCAGCCGCUCGCGGUAAAUGGCGCUGGUGGCGGGAAAGUUGAGUGUCCGGUGCGCCGAGCUCUCGGGGCCAUGUGUAGCGACUUCCACAGGGCUGAGUCCGGGACGCAGCUCCUGGCCCGACUUGAAGGUAGGAGUUCCUUGAAAGAAAUAGAACCGUAUCUAUUUGCUGAUGAAGAUUCAUCUGUCCACGGUGACGUUCUUGAAUUUCAUGGUCCAGAGGGGACAGGAAAAACAGAAAUGCUUUAUCACUUAACCGCGCGCUGUGUACUCCCCAAAUCGGAAGGCGGCCUGGAGGCCGAGGUCGUGUUUGUGGACACCGAUUACCACUUUGACCUGCUGCGGCUCGUCGCGAUCCUGGAGCGCAGGCUGGCGCGGGGCUCCGAGGAGGCGGUGCGCCGCUGCCUGGGCCGCGUGUCGGUGCUCAGCUGCGGGGGCGACCACCGCCUGGUGGUGCUGGCCACCACGCAGAGCCUCCUGCGCAGCGCGGGCGACCGGCCCCCCCUCUGUCGGGCGUGGCAGCGCGCCGUCACGCGCCGGGUGGUUUUCUCCAAGCACGACGAUUUGAAAGCCAGCGCCCGCUUCUCUUUAGUUUCACGUCAUUUGAAAAGUAACCGUGUAAAAAAGCAUGCUUUUAUCAUCGGGGAAAGUGGCAUUGAGUUCUGUUGAUGUGUAUCAUAAAAUAGUGUUUUCCAGGAUAGUAAACCAAAUUUCACAAGUCUCUAAAUGGGAAAUGAUUCGAUUAUAAGGCUGAAAACUCUGGGAGAGUUAAUAUACGUGUUUCUAUACAGAAUGGAUUUUUUUUCCAGAUUUCUUUUUUUUUUUUAAUGCUUUAUUUACUUAUUUUGAGAGAGAGGAGAGGAGAAUGCCAAGCAGGCUUUGCGCCAUCAGCACAGAGCCCUGUGUGGGGCUCGAUCCCACCACCGUGAGAUCCUGAGCAGAGCAGAGAUGGAACCAUGAGUUGGAACCAUGAGUUGGACGCUCAACGAGCCGGCCAGGUGCCCCCCGAAUGGAUUCUUGAACUCGUGCAGGAAAAGCUGACACUACUCUGUUCUUAGGUUGUUGAAGAAAAAUCAAGCGCUGGCAGUAAUUAAAGUGUAUAUUAAGCUUGUUUUAAAACUAAAUACUCUACACAUUGCAGCCUAAAUAAAAUGAACUUCCAUAA